AAGCGCAGCUGGACGCAAAGCCCAGAAUCGCUCCGCGGGGCGGCGCGGGGGCUCCUGGGAAGUGGAGUCCCGGCCCUGGCUCCGCGGGCCUGGGGAGCGCGCGGCUCUGCUUCUCGCCUCCCAGCUGAGGGCCCUCGGCGCCGCCGCCUGCUCCGCGCGCUCUCGCCUCCCUUCCCACUGCAGCCCGGUCGUUCCCACGCGAGAGGCAGGCAACCCGAGGACAGGAAGGACACCCAGUGAAAUGCAUCCCUGACUUGAUUGGAUCAGAAAAACAAGAAAAGAAGUAUCCAGCUCUCUCAGCCCUAUUGUGCAGGCGGAUGUCACGUUCAGGCUCUCAAGAUGGCAGCCAUUGACCUAUGCCCGAUAUGGGCUCUGCCUACACAAGACUCUGCCUGUUUCUAUGUGAGAAAUACUGAGGGGGAAAGGAUAGUGCCUGGAUUCCCAGCAACCUGGUUACAGGGACCAGUGUCCUUUAAGGAUGUGGCUGUGGAGUUCACCCAGGAGGAGUGGAUGAUGUUGGACUCUGCUCAGAGAAGUAUGUACAGAGAUGUAAUGUUGGAAAACUAUGUAAAUCUCACCUUAGUGGAAUAUCAAUUAUGCAAGCCUGUGAUCUCCCUGUUGGGUCAAGAAGACAUAAGAACUGUGAAAAGGAGAAUUCCCCAAGGCACCUGUCCAGACUGGGAGAUUCAACUGAAAACCAAAGAAUCAACUUCUAACUGGAAUAUUUUUUGGGGAAAAUCAUCUAGUGGCAAGAAAAUGAUAAGAUUCACAAUGGAUGAUUGGUCUCCCACAUUAAGAGCAGACUGGGAAUGCCAUAAAAUCAGAAAACAGCACAAGAUCCCAGAGGGAUUUACUCAAAAGAAGGGAGCAUCUCAGGAGAGAUUGUAUGACUAUCAUGAAUUAGAGGAGGACUCUAAACUCAGAUCAAAACUUGUUUUUUCAAAGAGAGUUUCCAUCAGUAAACAUUGCCAUAAGUGUUACUUAGAUAUUGAGUGUUUGAAGCAUAAUUCAAUCCUAAACAAUUAUGAAAAAAACUCUGUAAGUGAGAGGGUCUGUGAAAGUCAUGAAUAUGACAGAGCUCUGUGGCAUCUUGAAAGAACUCAAACAGCACAAAAAGAGUACACAUGCUCCAAACAUGGCAUACACUUUAAACAUAAUAAUAUGCUUCCUAUAUGCAACAAUUAUCAUAUGGGGGAGAAUUCCUAUGAGUGUAAUAAAAACAAAACCUUUUGUCAUCAUUCAUCCCUUAAGCAACAGGAGCAAACUCCUACUGAAGAGAAGCAUGAAUGUAAUCAGCGUGGAAAAGCCUUCAAAAGGAUUUCUAAUCUUAUUUUGCACAAGAGAAGUCACAUGGGUGAGAAACAAUAUGAAUGUAAAGAAUGUAGGAAAGUCUUCAAUGAUUCCUCAACCCCAAGGAGACAUGUAAGAACUCACACUGGUGAGAAACCCUAUGAAUGUAAUCAAUGUGGAAAAGCUUUCAGUCAAAAAACAUCUCUUAAGGUUCACAUGAGAACUCACACUGGAGAGAAACCUUAUGAGUGUAAUCAUUGUGGAAAAUCCUUUGGCACAAGUUCUUACCUUACAGUGCACAAGAGAAUACACAGUGGGGAGAAACUCUAUGAAUGCAGUGACUGUGGAAAAGCCUUCAACACAAGCUCUCACCUUAAAGUUCACAAGAAAACACACACUGGAGAGAACCUUUAUGAAUGCACUGACUGUGGGAAGGUUUUUAGUGGUCUCUCAUCUCUUAGAAUGCAUGUGAGAACUCAUACUGGGGAGAAACCCUACGAAUGUAAGGAAUGCAGGAAAACCUUCAGUGUUUCCUCUUCCCUUAGGAGACAUGUGAGAACUCACACUGGAGAGAAACCCUAUGGCUGUAUUCAAUGUGGAAAAACCUUCAGUCAGAAUUCUUCACUUACUAUACACAAGAGAAUUCAUACUGGGAGAGAAACCUUGUAACUAUUAAGAACAUGGAGUUGCCUUUUUCAUUGUCUUAAGGUGGAUUCCAAGCUCAUUAUUUCAGUCUGUG